AUGAAGUCCCUUUUGGUAGCGUCAACAUUGUUGACCUCGACCCUCGCCACAGCUAUCCCAGCUUCGCCCUAUGCUGCCUACAGAGGUGAAAAGGUGUUCACUGUCAAGACAACCAAUUCCAACCAUGCGAGGCUACAGAGCAUCGUUAAGGACAUGAGCCUUACUGCUUGGGAAAUGCCGCACAAGGCAGGCCUUCCGGCGGAUAUUAUUGUCCCGCAACAGAAGGUCCGCGACUUCCAAAAGGCCACCGAGGACAUGGACGUGAAGGUUAUGUACGAUGACUUCGCCGAUGCCAUUGAAGCCGAAUGCGCUAUACCAGAGGGAGGUGACUCUGAAAGCACGAAUCUCGACACGUGGUUUAAGAGCUUCCACCCGUAUGACGCCCACAUGCGCUUCCUCACAGACCUGCAAAAGAAGUUCAGCCAAAAUUCGGAAAUUUUGGAGGUCGGCAAAUCGUACGAAAACCGUACCAUCAAGGCGAUCCGUAUCUUCGGCGACGGCCGUAAGGAUCAUAAGAAGCCCCCUUUCUUGUUCCUUGGAACAACUCAUGCCCGUGAAUGGGUUACCACGCCGGCGGUCGAGUACAUGGCGAUGAAGCUGCUGCAGGACAAAGACCAGCAGAGAAUCAAACAUUUCCUGGGCAAAUAUGACUUUUAUAUUAUUACAGUAGCCAAUCCAGAUGGCUUUGUCUAUACACAGCAACCUCCAACAUCGCCAGAUCAACGUCCACCGCGAUCCUGGCGUAAAAAUCGCCAGCCCAACGGAAGCCCAAACCCAGCUUGUAUUGGAACUGAUACCAACCGCAAUUACCCAUGGAAAUGGGAGGGAACUGGUUCAUCCCCCGACCCAUGUCGGGAUGAUUUCCGAGGCCGUUCUCAAGGUGAUGCUCCAGAAAUCGCUGCUCAAGUCGAGUUUGUGAAGAAAAUCGCAGUGAACGGCAAGAGCAAGAUGUUUGUUGACUGGCAUUCGUACAGUGGCAUGUUCCUGACACCAUACGGCUAUGAUUGCAAAAAACUGCCCGCUAACCAUAAGCAACACAUGAAAUUUGCCCGCAAGUUUGUUGAGGGAGUGAAAGCUACCCACGGUCUCGACUUUGUCUACGGACCAACCUGCAAAACUAUCUACGCAGUCAACGGAGCCAGCGCCGACUGGGCCUACGAUGUUGCCAAGUACGAGUUUGGCUUCGCGGCCGAAUUGCGCCCCACUCGAUCGCAGGCCUCUGGGCUACGGGGGUUCCUCCUGCCACCAGAGCAGAUCAUCCCUGCCUGCGAGGAGACCUGGGCAGGUUUCAUGGCUGGCCUUGGAACCAUCUAA